CAGAUGCAGAAAUAAGUACCUGGUCCUGCUCUGGACUGGUUCAUAUCACACCUUCCUGGCUUUUCCUUUUGUUUCCCCGCUGGAGUGGUUGUGCGUCUAUACAGUUCUAUCUGACUGACCUAUGGCUACUACGGUUCUAAGCAUGAGUGCCAGGCUGGGUCCGGUCCAGCUGCAUUGCAUGGACGAGCCCGCUGUAUUUACCCAGCUGAAGCCUGUCAUGGGGAGUGCUGGGCAGCCCCUGAACCGGGAUGACCCUGCCGUAGGAGGACAUGUCUUUGCCGAGGACAUGAAAGGGACAAGGAUCUUGCCCGAUGACAUGGUACUGACAAGAUGUGAAAUGGAGAAAUAUCUGACUCCCCAAAAUCCACACGUUAACAUAAUUCAAGAACAAAAGAAGUACAGGCGAGAUAGUGCCUCAGGUAUUGAUCAGUUCUUUAAUGACGGUGACGGGCUUCCCUACAGCAUCAACAUGAAUCUGUUCCUUCCUGAUAUCACACACCUAAGAACAAGCCUGUAUAAGACCCAGAGACCACCAGUUACCCAUAUCAAGACCGAACCAGUUACAGUUUUCAGCCAACAAAGUGAUGCUACAGCCACACAGCCCCUUCCAGAGUUUACCAGCAUCUUCAGUUCUCACCAGAAUACAGACGUAAAUGACAUAUACAUAAAACAGGAGCUCCCUUCUCCAGAACUUCAGCUACCAGUAAAUCACCAGCAGGGUCAGUUGUACCAGUUAUUAAGUUCACCAGAUCUAGAUAUAUCCAGCUCCACAAACCAGGCCUCAGUAAUGGACACUAUUAACAAUGCUUCCAUGUCUGCAGAGUUGUCUAGAUUUGGCACACAUCACUCACCUGUUCAUCAGACUGCAAUGAAGCAAUUUCAGAGCAUCCCUCAGUGCUCAUAUGGUAUACCUGGUCAGUUUCUCCAGCAGCAAGAAGCAACAUAUUUUCCUCCUUCACCUCCUAGCUCUGAGCCAGGAAGUCCUGAUAGGCAAGCAGAACUUCUUCACAGUUUAAAUCCUCCUCCCUCAUAUGCAGCCACAAUUGCAUCCAAACUGGCAAUUCACAACCCAAACUUAUCCGCAACUGUGCCAGUGACUUCACCUUCUAUCCAGCCUGUUCGUUACAACCGAAGGAACAACCCAGACUUGGAGAAAAGGCGAAUCCACUAUUGUGACUAUCCAGGUUGUACAAAGGUGUAUACCAAGUCAUCCCAUUUAAAAGCUCACCUGAGAACACAUACUGGUGAGAAACCAUACAAAUGUACAUGGGAAGGCUGUGAUUGGAGAUUUGCUCGUUCUGACGAACUUACUCGCCACUAUAGGAAACACACAGGCGCUAAACCCUUUCAAUGUGCAGUUUGCAACCGCAGUUUCUCUCGCUCGGAUCACUUGGCCCUGCACAUGAAAAGGCAUCAGAACUAAUUUAGACUAUGGAGACUCUUCUAACUAUGCAAUUUUCCUUUUACUGCCUUAUGACUAAAUAUACUGCAGCUAGUAACAUACCUCUAGGAUUAUUGCUGCAGUAGUAAACAUUGUAUUGCCGUUCUGAUGUGGAUUUCACCUGCAAUGGGCUCAGAAAACAAACUGGACUUUUUUUUUUUUUUUUCCAUUCUGCUGGAGAAGCUAAAAAUGUACUCUAUAAUAAGUGCAUACAAGACCAGCCAUCUUGAUCUUUGCUAAACCUUUUUUUUUUUUUUUUUUUUACACACUUGGCAGGUCAUCUUCAUAAACAUUAUUUACAUCUCAACACACAAGACUUUUAAAGUUGUUUAGUGAUGUUUUGACCAAAGCACUAUCUUUAUUGUGAUGGUGUUUAGUAAAUGAAAUGAGGUCACAGAUGACUGCACGCAAGGACAAGCCAUAAUUUGCAAAUACUAAAGAUUAAGCGGUUGAUCCCAACUUCAUCAUACUUGAUGCUACAAGUACAUCUCUUGGUAUUCGCGUUACACAAAUUCAGCCUUGGAACAAAUUUUUUUUAUUUUUCUUGUUGCUUAUAUUGAAAACUGGAUUCUCCAUAUGUAAUUCACACUUUUCAAAAUUAUUCAGCUUUACUGGUGCCUUAUAAUAUUUUGUGACCUUUUUUGAGCUUGCUUCUCCUGUUGCUUUAGAAAAUAAGUAAAUACACUGACUGUAAAACGUUUAUUUAUAAAAUAGUUGCUACUUGAUGUGUAGGGUACAUUUAACAACGUGCAUGUAGUUUGAUAAGCUAAAUGCAAAACAAUGUUUGAGUAACAUUAAGUUCCAUACUCGCUGCAAGAGCAGAUCUGUUCAUGUUCUAUAACUUUCACAAUAAUAUGUGUAAACAUCUAGUACUCAGGAUUUGCUGUGCAAAUUUUUUUUUUUAUUUUUUUCUGACAGUGUCCUGAAGGAUUACAGGGUUGUCAGGUGUCCUGUAUUUAACUGGACAGUCCUAUAUUUCAAGUGUGUGUAAAAAAAAAAAAAAUAUAUAUAUAUAUUUUAUUUUUUUUUAAUAUUUUUUUUACUUUUUUUUUUUCAAGGAGGGGCAAUUACUGCUUUCUGUAUGUUAUCAGCUGAGGACUUAAACUUACUGCUUUUGUACUGGCAAAUGAGGGGAUAAAUAUCUAGUUUGUGUGAAAAAGUUUUAGGGGAAAGGCACUGGCAUGACCCCAAUUUACCGCCUUUUAGAUAAUCUGCUGGUCUGACAGUAUUUUUAUAGAGAACAUCUGGCAACCCGGAUUUAAUACAAUUCAUAUUGCAUUAUUUAAUGCUUGAAAAAGUCAAUAGUUCCUGGACUAUUUAUUUCCACACACUAUCUGUGCACUGCACUGACAUUUUUGUACUGGGGGAAAAAAAUAAAAAAACAUUUCGUGUUUUUUUUUUUUUUUUUUUUUUUUUUUUCCCUCUCCCUUUUUGAUAGCCUGUAUUGCAUUGAGAUUUAUGGCUAAAUAUAAAUGUAACUUUGUAGUAAGCCAAACAUUUUUUUUUUUUUUUUUUUAAAUCCUUUCUAGUGGUUUAUGUAUAUUCUCAAACAUGUUACUUAUAGCGACACAGUAAUUUCUUGAAAUUACAAUGUUUAUUUUACUAUUAUAAUUGCAGUAUCUUGCAAAACAAUGUGUAUCUGAAUAAAUACUUCAGUGAAGGUUUGAUGCAUUAAAAAAGUGUAAGUUAAGGCAAAAAUACAAAAUGCUAUCAAAGUACAUAGAAAGGGUCUCUAAUUCUUUAAACUAAUGUGUUUUUCUAAUCUAUUUAUUUUAUGGUAAAUGGUACAAUUUUUAUUUUUUUUUGUAAUGUAGUUAUUUUACCUAAAAUUGAUAAAUUAACAUGGUUUUUUUAUAACCUGCAAUAUAAAACUUGUAAAUAAAUAACUGUUGUAAAUAAUUUUGUACUAUGCUUUAAAUGUAUUUUUUUCCCCUGUAUUUUUACAUCGUUGUACUUCUAAUACAAACAGGAGAAAAACGGCCAUGUUGCAAAAUAAAUAUUUCAUUUUUAUGAAAACUUUUGAAAAUAAACUAAGAAGUAUAUGAUACAAA